GAAGAGUCGAGAGGAAGACCUCCCAGAGAAGAAGAGAAGAGCUUUCCACGCACCAUGGCUCUGCGGGACGAACUGUUGAAGUCCAUCUGGCAUGCCUUCACUGCUCUGGAUGUGGACAAAAGUGGGAAAGUGUCCAAAUCUCAGCUGAAGGUGCUGUCCCAUAACUUAUGCACAGUGAUGCAGAUCCCUCAUGACCCGGUGGCUCUGGAGGAGCACUUUAAGGACGACGACGAGGGUCCCGUCUCCACCCAGGGUUACAUGCCGUACCUGAACAAGUUCAUCCUCGACAAGGUGACUGGUAACUUUGACCUCCAGGACUUCAACAAAAUGUGCUGGACGCUGAGCUCCAGGAAGAAUCUGGAUCAGAGCCAGCUGCUCAUCUCCAACAACGACGCCUUCAAGAUCUGGUGCAUCUUCAACUUCCUGUCCGAGGACAGAUACCCGCUGACCAUCGUCACUGAGGAGAUUGAGUACUUCCUGCGUAAGCUGACGGAGGCGAUGGGGGGCAGCUGGGUGGAGGAGCGUUUCGAGGACUACAAGCUGCAGCUGAACUCCAAGCAGCAGAGUCUGAACGCCUGGGAGCUCAUCAGGCUGGUGGGGUCAGGUCACUUCAGUAAGGGCGUGGACCGGCAGACGCUCUCCAUGGCCAUCAACGAGGUCUACCAGGAGCUCAUCAUGGACGUUCUCAAACAGGGCUACAUGAUGAAGAAAGGUCACAAGAGGAAGAACUGGACGGAGCGCUGGUUCAUGCUGAAGCCAAACUCCAUCUCUUACUACGUCGGCGAGGACCUGGCCGAGAAGAAAGGAGACAUCUUACUGGACGGAAACUACAGUGUGGAGCCUCUACAAGAUAAAGAAGGAAAGAAGUGUCUCUUCCUCAUCAAGUCGUCUCAUAAGACCUUUGAAAUCAGCGCGUCGGACAAGAAGAAGAAACACGAGUGGAUUCUGGCCAUUCAGACCUGUGUGAGCCUCCUGCGUCAGGGCCGUCCGGCGCCGCACCGCGAGGCCCGUCAGAAGCGUCGGGAGAUGAGGCUGAAGCAGCAGGCCGAGCACGAGGAGCUGGAGCUGAGGAUGAGCGAGCUGCAGCUGGCCAACGAGGCCAAACAGCUGGAACUGGAGAACAUGAGGAAGGCUCUGGAGGAGACGGCGACUAACGCAGCAGAAGAAGAAGAACGGCGUCUUCAGACCCAAACUGAACUCCAGGAUCGCUACAGGAUGGACCUGGAGAGAGAGCAGAUGGUACGGAAGAAGAUGGAGGAGCAGGUGGCCCAGAAGUCCACUGAGCUGGAGCAGUACCUGCAGCGGGUCCGGGAGCUGGAGGACAUGUACCGUCAACUGGAGGAUGCUCUGGAGGACGAGAAACACGCCAGACAGGAGGAGGAGUCCGUCCGCAGGCUGCAGGAACGGUUACUGGAGGAGGAGGCCACAAAGAGGGUAGAGCUGGAGGAGUUCCACCUGCGGCAGCAGCGCGCCAUCUCAGAGACGGAGGCUGAGAAACAGGAGCUGGAGAAGGAGCGUCUGGCCAAAGAGAGCGCCCUGCAGGCGGCCAUGAAACAACUGGAGCUGCUGGAAGAAGAGAGACAGGAGGCGCUGGAGCAGUACCAGACGGUGAUGAAGAAGCUAGAAGACGCAACCAACAACACCAAGACCUGGAAGCACAAGGUGGAUGAACACGAGGGGAUGUUACGGCUCAUUCAACCAGGUUCCAAGGGACAACAGAGGAUCACCAAUUGGGGUCCUGCAGCCUUUUCUGAUGCAGAGCUCAGUCUGAGGCAGAAGCAAUGGCAGGAGAUGAAGAACCAGACGACCCAGGCCCAGUAGAGCCACUGGACCUUAAACUAAUGUCUACAGAUCAGAGGAGAGAACAGGAAAGGGCUGCUGGAAGAUACCGUUUGUGAUACAGCAUGACUAAGUAGUGACUGGAAGGAGUUUUCUGGAUUUUCAGUGGAGUCCAAAUGCAAAAUUUAACCGGAUAAUAUGAGGCAUUUUGUAAUAAGAGGGCAUUAAAUAAUAAAUGACCUUUAACCCUUUUGUAGACCACCAUAGAAUAAAAAGGAGCAGAACAGAAACUUAAGUCCCAUUUUCACAUUAUUAAGUUAAUUCAUUUUAGCAGGAAUCCUACAAAAUUUACCAAGUGAAGGAAUGAUAACCAAGACAACAGCUGGAUUAAUUAAAGGUUUGUUAUUGAUUGUCAGUCGUUUAUAAUAGAGAAGCUUAAACAGGUUUGUUGGUAGUGUGUUUUAAAGUCUAGCGCCUGGGGAGUUCUCUUUUCCAAAAUGUUGUACAGGACGUCAAAUUUGUUAUAAUUUGUAAAAGAGCUCACUGGGCAAAGUUGGGCCAUUAAAUAUUGAUCCAUCAACCACCACAGAUAAAGUAUAGUAGAAGUAUAUUAAGGUAAUUUGGGCUAUUGAGCAGGCAAUCUUAAUUUCUCAAUAGCAUUAAUUCAACAUUUACCAAGUUCUAACAUUACACCAGUCCAAACAUAACAGAAGGAUAAGAACGUACAGGAACAGGAUUCAUUUUGAAAUGCGACUCCAUCAACUUUGGACCAUCUGGGCUCCUGUAGGUAAACGGCUAGCUCGCUAUUGAAGCCACCAGUCGCUUUUAAACAACGUUCUAAGUACACUGUCAAUUAUGUAAAAGCUGACCGUGGUUAACAUCUUACCAAGCUAACAAUACAUACCUAAUAUAAAUAUUUAGACGUUAAGAUGUGCAGGUUAUUACACGUCAUGAGUGGGAAAGAAUGCAAACCACUACCUUUUAUCAUUUUGUCCUGACUGUCAAUUUGUGUCUAUGAAAUGCACUACUCUUACACUCACACGCCAACGCCAACAGCUUGAGCAUGUUUUAGGUUCAUGUUGUUGUAAAGUUGAAAGAUAUUAAGAGCAUCUAUCAAGCCGAAAAAAAGCUACUGAAAGAGCUACAAACUGUUCUCUUUCCUUCUUACAGAAAAAGCUGGGGCAUUUUUACAUGGAAACAUAAAUACAAGGGAUUUCUGUACAUAUAAUAACAAUAAUGUUUUUGUUUUUCUUACUAAAGUUGAGCUGCAUGGAGGCAGCAUCAGUAACACCUGAGGAAUGACAUGUAAUGUAAAUGUCCAUAAUGUCUAACAUAGUUGUCUUUUAACAGCCUAAAUGAAAAUAACAUGUAUGAUUCACUAAACAUUUUCUCAUUAUCAUGAAGGUGUUUGUUUUUCCUCCAGUUUGUCCGCCCUAGAUUUAUAUCUGUCUAAAUAACUUUAUCCUAAACAGUGCAUGCUUGUAAAUACUGUCAGAAAUAGGGCAUUUGGCCAAAAUCUCACCCACAAACAAUAAUGUUAACUGCUAGAAAAUGUUUCCUUUGUUGUGUUAUUGUAACCAUCAGUGCCUUUGAUGCCGUCAUGAGUGAACAUUGUGAUUUCUAUAUUAUGUUUUUAUAUAUAAAUGUAAAAAUCUUAAGACUGAA